CAUUCCAAAGAACAAAAUGUUAUUAUUGUAGAGAGAAGGGACAUAAGUGGAUCAACUGUUUUUAUAUUAGCUGUAAUAGUGGUAGUAAUUGUGUUAUUAAAGGACAAAACUGGAAAUUUGUGGGUAGAAGAACGUGCAGAGGAUUAUCAUGUCCAUAAUUAUUGCACUCAUUGCAAGUUAUCAUUAUUAAAUGGAAGAUUUCAAAGUGAAGUGCACGUUGAAGAAAUUGAAAUAACACCUAAACGUAAGAAAAAAACAAAGCAAUUUAAAGAUUCUCUAAAAUUUAGAACACUUGUUGAUGAAUUAUUGAAUGAGGUGGCCGUACAAAACACUGCACAAUUUCUUACUGAGUUGUCUAACACUAUAUUAUUUAUUGAAGCUCUUUAUAAAAAUAUUUCCAUUGCUGAAGAAAAACAUAAUAAAUCAAUUCAUGAGGUACUUAGGUGUUACUAUGAUCUUGGAGAGGCUUUAUCAAAGUUAUAUGAUAACUUCUAUAAUGCAUCACACGAUUGUUUUUCUUCAAAACAACAAGUGAUUCAGGAAUUUAAGCGACAGCUAAAUAUUAAUACUUUAGAUAUGGCACUAGUAAAAGAAAAGAAUGAAGCAAAAAGAUCUAUAGUUUUUUUAGUUGUUUUAAUAUAG